AGGCUGUGGGCGGGACUGCCGCGGCGGAAGCUGGGAGGACAGCGGGGGCGGAGAUGUCUCCGGGGAGGAAGGCCCGGCCUGUGCGGAGGCUCCUCUGGGAGAAAAGACGCAGCGAGAGUCCCCGGGGAAUCCCCCAUCCGCCCCCAGUCGGGGACCCCGUCGCGCCUGCUCGGGACGAGCUCCAGGCGCCAGUUGCUAUAGGCAACCAGCUCUGGUGACCAACUGGUCCCGGUUGCCCGGGUUGUGCUGGGUUAGCGCUGGCAGGAUCGCAGGCCCGCAGCCCACCGAGGGUGAAGGCACCCCGCACAACACUCUCCCGACCAAGCCCUGGCAUGUCAGCACUUCGGUGGAGCCUUCCUUCCUAAAGGUGGGAAGAGUACCGGGGCACAUCUUGCUUCAUGUGCUGUCCUGUCUCAGCCCAGCUGUGGGGCGGUCAGGAGCCUCGUGGUGGAACAGCUGUUUGCUUUUCCCAUUCAAAGGGAAGGAUGAAAGCUCUACCUAAAAACAGGAUGUGAGCAGAAGAGACCUGUCAUUGUGAGUCUGGCCGCUGCUUGUCGCUGAUGUCAUCCCCAGGGUGACAUGACCUCGUGGCCAUGAACCUAAGUGGCUGCAGUUAAGAUGAAAACGGUACGGCACUCGGAACAGACACUUAGAACAGCUCUCAUCUCAAAGAACCCAGCACUUGUGUCCCAGUAUGAGAAGCUCGAUGCUGCAGAGCGGCGUUUGAUGAACGAAGCCUUCCGACCAGCCAGUGAUCUCUUCGGGCCCAUCACCUUGCAUUCGCAGUCAGAUUGGAUCACCUCCCAUCCUGAGCCUCCCCAAGACUUUGAAGAGUUUUUCAAUGAUCCUUCCAGAAAGACACCCUCUCGAGAGAAACACAGGAUUUAUAUACAGUGCAUUGGAUCUCUAGGAAAUACCAGAAUUAUCAGCGAAGAAUAUGUUAAAUGGCUCAAGGGCUACUGUGAAGCAUUUUUCUAUGGCUUGACAGUGAAACUCCUAGAACCAGUCCCUGUCUCUGCAACAGGGUGUGCCUUUAGAGUCAAUGAUAGCACGAAGAACCUACAGAUACAUGCAGGGCACAUCCUGCACUUCUUGAAAAAGAAGAAACCUGAAGAUGCUUUCUGCAUUGUGGGAGUAACGAUGAUUGAUCUUUACCCAAGAGACUCCUGGAAUUUCGUCUUUGGACAGGCCUCUUUGACAGAUGGUGUGGGGAUAUUCAGCUUCGCCAGGUAUGGCGGUGACUUUUACAGCUCAAGCUACAAAGGCAAAGUGAAGGCGUCGCAGAGACAAUCUUUGCGUGACUAUUCGGCGUUUGAUAACUAUUACACUCCUGAAGUGACCAGUGUUCUGCUGCUUCGGUCCUGCAAGACUUUAACCCACGAGAUUGGACACAUAUUUGGACUUCGACACUGCCAGUGGCUGGCAUGCCUAAUGCAAGGCUCCAACCACUUGGAAGAAGCUGACCGGCGCCCCCUAGAUCUGUGUCCCAUCUGUUUACGCAAGUUGCAAUGUGCUAUUGGCUUCAACAUUGUAGAAAGAUACCAAGCCCUGGUGAGGUGGAUUGAUGAUGAAUCUGCUGGCACGCCCCGAGUUACUCCGAAACAUAGUCAUGACGGUAAUGUGAAUUUGCCCAAACCUGUGGAAGCCUUUAAGGAGUGGAAAGAGUGGAUAAUAAAAUGCCUUGCUGUUGUCCAAAAAUAAGAACCUUCAAAUAGGAGUAAUUAAAAUCCUUGCACAUCAUGAUUGCUUUUGUAUGGAGUGCUUCAUUGGAAUAAACAAUUUACUGAUUCUGCCCUGUA